GAGCGACCGAACAACUGUCGCCUGUCGUCUUGUGCUGUAGGCACGAACCUCUGUGGGCGUCUCGCGACACAGUGCCCUGAAGCCCAAGCCCAAGCCCAAGCCCAACCCCCGUCUUCUAUAACCAGAAGUCCUUGCGGCGGUUCUCCCCCCCACACCUUAACCCCACCCCCAUCCCCAACCCUCUCGGAGUGCUGGUCAGAGCAAUUCAAGCAACAUCAUCGGGCCGGACCGACACCCUCGACCUCGACCUCACCCUCACCUCACCUGAAGCCAGCGCGAGCUUUUGCCUCUCGACUGCAGGCGAUCGUUCAGGGAACGCAAUAGAAGGAGAGGGAAUGGCAUGGAAUGAAUGAGAAUUGCGUGCGUGCAUGUGCGAGAGAGCUGCUCCAAGGGAGCUGACAGUCUCAGGAAUUGUGACGGCCAUGUCCUCAUGCGAAUGACAGACGACGUACUGCAGACCCAAGGCCUCGCUCGCGGCGUGUGUACUAUAGAAGAAUAAAACGAGGGCUCGGAUCCACUUCCCCUCGUAUCCUUGAAAUCCUUUCUCAGCUGCUGGGGCAGUCCGGAGCCUGCACGCACAGUGGUCAUCACACACUAGAAUCAAUCACCCGCUGCGGAUCGAGCUCACUCACUUCGUAACAGCUCACGAGAGACAGAUUCAAGGCAGUUAGAGCCCAGCGAGCGUCGGUCCGUCGUAUCGAGUCCAGGCGGAUCUGCGACGAUCGUCACAUCAUCAUCAUCAUCAUCAUCAUCAUCCUGCACAUCAAGCACCACAGUCGUCCGCGGGGUAACUGGAUCAUUUAACUCGAAACGCCAUCGCUCGUCCCGGGAGGAAUUUUGAUUUCGUAGCUUUAGAGAAAAUUCUGAAGCGGAAGCAGAAGCAGAAGCAGGAGCUGGAGCGUCCGAAGCAGGAGAAGCAGCAGCAGCGGCAGCUAUCGUCGACCGAUCGAGCGAAUUCUCCGAGUGCGUGCAGACACGAGCUGAAGAUCAGUUGGCAUCAGUCGACAAGCAAUUGUAAUUCCCAGGGCGGGCAAUUCCGCACAGGCCAUAGAUACAGGCGCCACGAUUCCCGGGCCAGCUCGAUUUUAUGCCCUCUCUUUCCUCCCCUCCCCUCUCCCCCUCCCUCUCCCUCUCCCCAUCUCUUCCCCACCUUCCCCCCAUCUAUCCCUCUCUCCCUCUCUCCGGCAUGGGCUCGAGAGAGCAGGAGCAGGAGCAGGAGCAGCAGGCGCAGCGGCAGAGGAUUGGACAGGACCGCAGCGGGUGCGAGACGAGCAGUAGCUAGACGCAAUCGGAAGCAGUAGACUGAGAUCACACGGAGGUUCAUUGAACAAUACUUGUCUAUACUCAGAGGAGCGCAGGAGCUCGAUGUAGGUCACGGCGUGCAGUAGAACAAGGCACAGCUCCUCGUUAGUGUGUAGAGGUGAAGAUCAUCACGUCUGGAAUUUCUGGAAUUUCUAUCUAUCAGUAGGCAAUCAAUCAAUCAAUCGAUCGAUCGCCCACUCGAUUCGAUUCGAGAAUUCGGUUCGAGCAAUCUGGAUCGGUCCAGGGGCGUCGUCUCAUGUAAGGCAGCAGGCAGGGAGAGAUGAUCAGCGAGAAGCCAUGGGUGGCGCACAUCGAGGACGAGAUCAACAGUUUGGUGGAUCUGGAUCCUCGAGACCGCGUGCGAGGGUCGAUAUUCCGCGUGCCGCCGUCGGUGCGCAGAGUGAAGCCGCACCUGUACAGCCCGCAGAUCAUCCCGUUCGGGCUGUACAACGUGGAGCGCAUUCGGAGCGAGAAGAUGAGCCGCAUGGACAGGCUGAAGCUCGAGGUGGCGAGCCGCGUGCUGAAGAUCAUCAAGGCGCCCUACACCGAGUGCUACCAGCACUACGACGCCGCGCUCGACUGCCUGAGUCUGCCGCGAGUGACGCCCAACCAGCUGCACCCGAUCCUGGCCGACCUGGUGGCGGCGCUAAGCCGGCUGCCCUACGUGUCGACGGACUCGGAGGGCAAGCUGGAGAUGAUGCGCGGGCGGAUCGCGCACCUCAGAGCUAUGGCGCAAGCGCCGGGCUACGAGCUGCGCGAGCGCGAGUCCAAACUGCUGUCGGCGGAUCUGGACUCGGUGUUCCAGGUGUUCGCGCGGUUCCUCGAGCUCAACAGCGAGAGCAACAGGAAGAAUUGGAAGUGGCUGUGCAACAAAGUGGUCGGGGACGCGGCGGUGAUGGAGAUUUACGACGACGUCUCGGACGUGUACGAGGGCGCCGCGCGGUCGCUGCUCACGCUCGACGCUGUUUUUCUCGUGGCCUUCAUGCUCUCGCUGCACUCGGGCCCGGCGCCCGAGUCGAGGAUUCUGAUCGAGGAGCUCGGCUGGUUCAACCCCGUGCUCGAUGUCUUCCGGCAGGAAGGAGUGCGUUGCAAUGCGCACGAGAUCGGGCUCGACAUGUGGCUCAUGGAGAAUCAGAUCCCGCUCGCCAUGAUCCGCAGCGCACUCGAGUGCAUGUGGGAGGUGUCGAAUCAGGCUGGAGGCAGCGCGAGCUCAGACAGGGCGCUCGUCACGCUCGUGCGCCAUGCCGUCAAGGGCGUGCUGCAUCUCGUGCCGGGGGACUGCUCUAAGCACACCACUUCGAUCGACGCGGUGCCUAUCCCCGAGUGCAAGCACCUCCUCGAGUGCUUGUACAGGGUCGUUUGCCCCAGCGUCAAGACCUCCGGCGGUAGCCGCCGCCCGCCCUUGCGACGUCACGCGCGCGCUAAGCCCUCGGGCGCCUCGGCGGCGGACUUCGCAGCGCGCUCCCGCGGCCUCGACGCGCGACCCUCCCAAAGCGCGGCCUCGUCGCGCGCCGACAUCGAGUCGCGGUACCCGAGCGCCUCGGCGACAGGAGGCGUGCCGCUGUUAGCCCCGUCGCCGUCGUGCCCGAAUUACCCCCGCCUUCCGCCGGAGCUGCAGCUGUACCCCCCGGCGCACUCGAGCUCGUUCCCGGGGUUCCAACCGUCGCCGCCGUCGUCCCCGACGGCGCGAGAGCCGUCGGCACCUGCGUCGCAUCCCAAUAAGCAGUACGACAACGCGUACCACCAGCGGCCCCCGUCGCACCUCGUGCUUGCGCCGCCGCCGCUGCCCACGUCCAUCGCGCCGUCGCUGCUGCCCUUCGGCGCGGCCUCAGGCUACCACAAGAGCGAGGCGUUCCGGGCGAACGGCGUGACGCACGUCCUGGCCAACGGCGAGACGCGGGAGAUGGACCGGUACGGACGCUCGAACGGGCACGGCGAGCCCGCUGCGCCGUCGGGGUGGAGCGACUCGGCCGCGUCGCCCGUCGGGACGGAUGACGAGCUCGAGCUCCCAUUCCGCGCCGCCGCGCGCCGGAGCCCGACGCCGCUGCCGGUGUCGGAUGUCGCGAUGCUGGACGAUGGGAUGAACCAGGUGGAGUUCACGCUGGCCGACUCGCGCGGGCGCAACAACUCCUACUCCACCGUGACCAUCGACAUCCCCGGCGGCCUGCCGGUCGGCAAGCGCCUGCUGGAGACGGCGCGCGCCGCGGGGGGACACUCGGGGCUGACCGUCUCGUCGGGCUGCGACGGCGGCCCCGCGGGCUACGUCUCGCUGGGCACGCUGCGCUCGGCGUCCCUGAGAACCAUCCGGACGAUUAAGAGCGCCCGCAGCUGGGCCGGCGCGCCGUGGCGCCUCGUGCGCCGGAUUCUGGCGCGGGUCGGGGCCGCGGACCGGAACUCGCGACUGGGGCACAAGGUGCCGUCGCGCGCCGCCUUCACUGCCCCCAGGGCUUCGCAGCCCCUCUGCUCGGGGGGCUCCGACACCAGGAUUACCCCCGUGCCGUCUGUGUCGCAGCUGAGGAAGGCGGGCAUCGGCAUCCGCAGCGGGUCGCAGGUCGGGUGCAAGCUGCUGCUGGGGGAAGGCGGGGGCUGCGGGUUUAUUAAGCCCACGCUCUUCCUGCCGAAGCUCGAGAUCGACGCGAGCACGGAGCGAAUUUUGCAAAACCUCGUGGCCUUCGAGCUGGUGAGCGCAUCGGAGCACGAGCUCAUGAGCUACCUCCACUUCAUGAACGGGCUGAUCAAAACGGAGGAGGACGUGCAAUGGCUGCAGCGCGGCAACAAGGCGGUGAUCUGGAUUCACCCGCUGAGCUCCGAGUUCGAGGUCGUCACCAUGUUCGGCUCUCUGCUGCAGAAUUGCUACUUUCUCGAGACCGGCAAAUCCCGCCAUCUCCGCCGCGAGCUCAGCAAGUGCUACAGCCGCUCGUGGCGCCACCGGUUCGCUUCGUUCGUGGACGUUCUCUGCACGCGCUCGUGGAUUCUCAUCUCGCUGAUCGUUGCCACGCUCAUCCUCGUGGUGCUGCAGACGGCGUACAUGCUUCUGGGUUUCUACCGCCUUGUGGAUUGAUCGAACUCAAAAACAUUGUACAUUAGUGUAUUUUACCCAAUUUAUACUCGACCUGGGUAGCUGUAGAAAGUAUAACAUUCUUAGUCUGAGCUAGAUACGGAGCGAGCGAGCGAGCGAGAGUCGCAAUCGGUUGCCCGAAGGCACGCGUGGGGUUUUCUACCAGAGAGCUUGUAGAUUUUGUGAGAUGGAGCGUACAGGAGCUUGCGGUCGGAGUGCGGGAAGCGAGUCAUCAUCAUAGUUCAUCUUCUCAGUCAGAGCCAACGCUUUCUUUCUUGUAAGACAUUGAAUUAGGAAUUGUCCCCCCUGGAGUCUCGGCGCUUGCACUCCGAAGCAACGCAUUGUGCAGAACGUACAGUAUCUAUGAGUUCAUAAUCUCUUCGUCGUUUUGUCAAACGCACUAUGCCACCUCGCCUCCCGUUUCCAUUCACCCGCAUCCUCGCCUUCCUGCUUCCAUUUUGCAUCCUCAUCCUGAUUCCGCCAUAUUUCAUUGAGAGAGAGAGGUUCCUGGUAAUCUGCAGCUUUUGUCACUUUGGACUCAUCGUGAACAUGAAACCUCUACCCUCCAAAACCAUUCGACGAAUUUGACUAAUUUGAACCCAUUUAGCCAAUUUCUGUAGUGACAAGUAACAGAAGCCACUAAAUGCAGACGAAGAUCUUCCAGACUCAUCGAUCUUUUGUGACGAGCAGAUCCAAGCUCUCCAGUGACAGUUAGUGUGUCUGAAAGGAUGAUCUGGAAAGCCCCUGAUUGCCAUUGGAGCCAUAGAAUCCUUCGAAAGGCGCAAACGAGACAAACCUUUGGUGAGACCACCCAGAGUACGUC